CUAGAAUAUCCACCAAUGUCUUAGGAGUCUGCAAUCGGAACAUGAAUUUUGUCUAUGUCCUUAGCGGUUGGGAAGGAUCGGCAUCUGAUUCAAGGGUACUUAGGGAUGCUAUUACUCGACGUAAUGGCUUGAAAAUACCUAUUGGGUGUUAUUACUUAGUGGAUGCUGGCUAUACCAAUGGGAGAGGAUUUUUAUCUCCUUAUAGAAAUGUUCGCUAUCAUGUGAAUGAGUGGGUUCAAGGUCAUCGGGCACCACAAAAUCGUCUAGAGUUAUUUAAUAAGAAGCAUUCUUCGGCUAGAAAUGUGAUUGAGCGGUGCUUUGGGUUGCUUAAGAAAAGAUGGGCAAUUCUACGAAGUCCCUCGUUCUAUCCUAUUAGGGUUCAAAGCCACAUUAUUAUUGCUUGUUGUUUGUUACAAAAUUUUAUUCGUAUGAACAUGGAUGUUGAUCCCGAAGAAGAUGCAACUCUUUUGCCAGAACACAUACCGGUAGGAGAUGAUACUAUUGUUGAUGAAGCUGACACUAUUGAUGUUGUGGAAAGUAGCCAUGAGUGGACUCAAUGGCGUGAGGACCUAGCAACCGAGAUGUGGGAAAUAUGGAGAGGAGAACGUGGCGCGUAAAGUUUUUAUGCUUUGCUAGUUUUUUUAUGUUUGCAAUUGUCCUAGACUAUAGAUUAUUGUAUUUGAAUUCAUUUGAGCUUUUUUCUUUAUGCAAUAUGUAUUUGCCAACUCGGAUUCAUAAUUUGUAUUCUAAUUAAACAUAUAAUUAGACAAGGGUUUGUUUUAAUUGUUUCAAAAAGAUGUCAAAAUUCUAGAAAA